CCCAGGAUUCCCAGCAGCCUUGGUAAAUCAUUGUUUGCCUGAUUUAUUUAGUCCCCUGGAAUCUGCUUUGACCCCUUUGGCUCUGGGUCAGGAGACCUUGUCAUGGUUGAAGGCUUAAGUGGCUCAGAAGGGCUGACUACUAUGAUUACUUUGGCUGCAACCUCUAAAUGAAUUCUUUCUGGUCACCAUGUAAAGUACUUACAUACUAAUGGUUUAUGUUAUGUUUCUCAGGGGACUGCCCAGAUACUGAAAAUCUACAGUUUAGACCAGAAGGGUGUCAGUCUAGCAGACAUGGAGUCUAAAGAAGAAAUCAGUGACACAGACAGUGGGAUUAUUUUGCAUUACGGGCCUGACAGUCCCACCACUGUGACGAAGGAUGUGAGUACACACACUCGGGCUGUCAAACUAAAGCGCCAGUCACUGCAGGACAGACUUGAACUUUGUAUACUGGAGUUGAAAAAACUCUGCAUCAGAGAGGCAGAGCUGACUGGGCGCUUGUCCUCCGAUUACCCUGUGCUGCCUGGAGAGAAGCCACCACAGAUACGACGGCGGAUUGGAGCGGCUUUUAAACUGGAUGAGCAGAGCAUAUUGAUUAGAGAGGAGAACUCUGAGCUAAGUUCAGUGGAGGCCAAGCUAGCCCUGCAGCAGCAGAUCUAUGUAGCGGCUUGCAGGUUGUCCCAAGAGGAGCAUCUAAACAAGACGGUGAAAAGGAGCCGAGUGCAGCAGUGCAAGCGGGAGGAACAGAAGCUCCAGGAUCUUCAUGAAGCUGUGUUCCGGCUGCGUCUUGAACAUGGCCACAACUCACCGCGGCCUGGCAUUGUCAUGGUUAAACAUCAAGGCACUUCGGAGGACAGUUCGUUGUCAGAUUUAGCAGUGUUGGAUGAAGAAGAGUUGACAAGCCAGUCAUCUCAGGCAUCCUCCGAGCCCCCUCCUGUAAUAGAAGCUUAUUCUGUUGCUCCAGGCCUUUCCUGUUGUUCCGUCCCCCCCACCGGCCCCCUGCUUUAUCCCCCUGAGCCCAGCUUCCACCACUCAUCCCUCGAGCAUUCACACCAAAGCCCCCCUCCUGUGUAUGACCCUGCCCCCAUCCAAAACUCACCCUGGGAGGAGUCCAGUCUCGAUCAGCCUUACCAAAAGAAGAAGAAAAAUCGCUCCAAUACUGCCAGUUCCAGUCCUGCUACGACAACUACUUUGCCUCCAUUAGAGGUUUGUUUAGAGGAGCCAGACCUGAAGCUACAGAUGCUGAAACACACCGCGCUGAGGCACGCCAAGUCCAGCAGUACUCCCUCGACUCCAGAGAUGCAUUUGCGUACAGAACGAUUUUUAAGUCCUGCUACGACACCUACUUUGCCUCCAUUAGAGGUUUGUUUAGAGGAGCCAGACCUGAAGCUACAGAUGUUGAAACACACCGCGCUGAGGCACACCAAGUCCAUCAGUACUCCCUCGACUCCAGAGAUGCAUUUGCGUACAGAACGAUUUUUAAGGGUUCCCAAUAGUGAACCACCGAAUAAUACAGAACGAGACAGAGGCCGGUCACGGGGUCCCAGGAGAAGACUGACGGAUGUUAUUUCAACACAACCAGUAUACUCCUCAGUGACUUUGACUAACAGAUUCCCAUUGUACUACUCUGGCUCUGAUGACAGCAGCUCUGAGCACUCGUCGACUUCCUCCUACAUUAGCUCAUCCACCAAGGAGCCGUCGGCAGAACUGGAAAGGCUAUGCCAAGCACAGUACACAUACCACUACCCCAAUUACAUCUCCCAGUCCUACCUACCUCCCAGCUACAACAUUCAGCAAAACCCUUCACCACAGCCGCCCUCCAGUUUCUACAGAGGGUAUGCAGACGAGGGUAGAAGCCCAUACAUGGACAUGGACAUGGAAAGGAUAUACUUCGGGCAUCAGUUUCCAACUCCUCACACCAAUGGCCACGGCUAUGACGAGGCACCACUACAACCGCAGGCGCACAGACCGAUACCCUCUCAUUUAAAACUGUCCCGCGCACCCUCGCUCAGAGAUUACCCUCAGCAUCCGAGCAGGGCCCUCCCACGUCAGGUGGUUUCAGAUGAGCUUAAAUCAUGGCAUCAGCGCUGCCAGCUGCGCCCACGCCGGCCAUGCUCGCUGGACAGGCACCGGCAAGGUGCUGUGCUAAACGUGCCCGGGCGUGAGUCACCGCUUUCCCAGCAACACGGCUUUCAUAAACAGGUACACCAAGGGCAGCUUACACAAAGAGACGGAACACCAGUAAAAUGGUACGAAGAAGACAAAGAAAUUGUAAGCCAGGUGUAACGAUGGACCUUUUAUUAACAAAAUACACUACCAGUCAAAAGUUUUAGAACGCCCUAUCCCAUUUUUCUAUAUAUUUUUUUAAAUAAUUAAUUUUUGAUGUCUGUUACGACACCCUCUAGGUUAGUGCUUUCACCAUAUUGCACUGCAGGAUAUGAUAUAUUGCAAUUGUAAUGUUUACAAAGAGGUAAUUAAUGAAAUAACAGAGGCAGACCCUUCAAAAGUUUUGGUCAUUCCUAUGGAUACACCGUGAAGAAAGCGAAGGUAUCAGUGCGUACAGUUUCCUACACCAUCAAAAUAGAAUUGGAAACUGGAGCAAUUUUGUUGCAGGAAGACGUCCGGUACACCCAAAGGCGCUACCACAGCAUUUUGUAGUGCCAUGCAAUGUCUAGUUGGUCAAGGGUUCAUCCUACAGCCAGACAAUAAACUGAAACAUGCCUCCAGGUUUUGUCAGAGCUACUUCAGAAGACAAGAACAAGGUGGUAGGUUUCAAAUCAUGAAAAGUACAGCCUCCAGACCUAAACCCCAUCAAGCUGGUUUGGGAUGAGCUGGAUAGAAGGAUGACAAAGUAACAUACUGUUGCAACUUGUAAGUGUUAACAGUGUUGGACAGAACUUUCUAAACCAUAUUUAAUUUCUCAAGAAAAUGAGUCAGUUAUCUGCAAAAGAUGCAAUUUGAGUCAAAUUUAGACUCAUUUUUAGCUCCAGUUCUUUAAAUAGUGUAUGUUUUCAUUUUAGAGUACAUCGAGACAUUAAUCUGUGUAAAUAUCAAUAAAAACGUGAAAUGUUCACCUGGUAGGGUACCUUUUAUUUAUGUUUUAAUUUAUUAAACCACUGUGGAAAAUAUUUUUCUGUGGUUAUAUGGAUAGUAUUCAGAAGCUGUUUUAGAUAUUAACACUACAGUGUUUUAUUUUUACACCUGAACACUUGCUGUGAAAGAUGUUUAUAGAAUAAAUUGUAUUUCUACAUUUUUGUACAAGUAUA